UCUCGGGGGCUUCCGCUUCCGGUUCUGACGGACGCGUUGGCCGUAACGAUGAUCGGAGACAUCCUGCUGUUCGGGACGCUGCUGAUGAACGCCGGAGCGGUGCUCAACUUUAAACUGAAGAAGAGGGACACGCAGGGCUUCGCGGAGGAGUCGAGGGACCCCAGCACAGGUGACAACAUCCGGGAGUUCCUGCUGAGCCUGCGCUACUUCCGCAUCUUCAUCGCCCUGUGGAAUAUCUUCAUGAUGUUCUGCAUGAUCCUGCUGUUCGGCUCCUGAGCCCCAGCCCCGGACCCAGGAGCCCGCCCUCCCGGCCGCCGAGUGUCUGUUCCUCCACUCCUGAUGCCUGCGAGAAAGCCAGCGAUCUGCCCUGUCGACGCGAGCUCGUGGUGGGUGGAAAAACAUUUGCCAAGCUGCACGCAGCUCCCCAGCCCCCACCCCACAGGUGGUCUCUGACGCAGGACCCCCGUGCCCUGCGGGCUCCCGGGGGCUGCGGACUGUGCUAAAGUUGCCUUCCCCUGGAGAUGAGAGAACACCGUCAUGCCGGCUCCCUCCUCUCCCCUGGAGAUGAGAGAACACCGUCAUGCCGGCUCCCUCCUCUCCCAGGCUGGCCCAGGAUGCCUGCUUCCCGAUCCUGUGGGUUAGAAUCACAAGGAUUUCUUUUUUCCUUUUUCUUUUUUUAAUCCUGGGGUCCAAGCAGAAGGGUUAACUACUGUUGGACAAAGCGUAUCCUGUGGGCAGCGUUUGUAAAAUAGCAAGCGAGCUCAGGCCACCAGGGUCCCAGUGGGUCCGACAGGGGUUUAUGGGGUCAGCCGGGAGCCCUGUGUCCUGGUGCCAGAGUCGACGCGGGCUCUUGGUGCAGCUGAGGUCAUCCAGGGGUGGGUGGCCCAUGACAGGGUCACCACGUAGCGAGAGGGCCAGGUCAGGUUGAUGGCUGCGGCUGAGGGGUGCAGAAGAGGUGGCUGGGGUGUGGGGGUGGGGAAUGCCAGGAGGAGUUUCCCUUCGCCUUGAAGCUUCCUGUUAAGCGAAGUAGCCUGGGGGCCUUUCACAGCAGUUGCCAAAAAACCAGAGUGGGUUUUUUUUUUUUUAAUUGGUGAUAAUUGAGACCCUGUUCUGAAGGCUUGAGUUUCUUCAGUGUACUUGGCCAGCAGUCGACUGAUUUCAAGGUGGAAAUUCAAUAAAUCUCAACCAAAGAAACA